GCAGCAGCAGCAGCACAAGAAUGCAGGCUUGCUGUUGAACAAGUGGCCUUCAUCGAAACGUACGAAACAGCAAACUCUGUCAUUCUUCCCUGCAACUUCAAAGUCAGUAACUGCCACUCAGAUCCACAGGUACACUGGUUUUACUUCCAUGAAAACUCACACGGGAGAGUGCAGAUGAACUCCAAAAAAAAGCAUGUCAUGAGUGGAACUGGCCACAACUACAUGCUGACCAUUUCCAAUGUCACACACAAUGACAGAGGCGUCUACUACUGUGCCGUAUUGUACCCAGCAGAAAGAACAAAACUGUCCAGAGCUGUUGGAAAUGGCACCAUGCUGGCUGUUCGAGAGACUGCGGCCAUCGUACUUCCACAAGCAAAACUGUUAUUGAUUAUUCUGACUGUGCUUCUGGUUCUGUACAGCAUCGGGAUUAUCGUCCUGCUGGUUCUUCAGAAGGUUUCGUUAAAAAAGGCAAGAAAGUUGCCUUCCCCACAAGACCAAAACUCCACAAAAAGAACAAAAAGGUUCCAGGCAGUCCUACAAGAGCUCUACUACAGGAAGCAUUCUGGGAAAACCAAAAUGGCUGAAAUGGAUGAUCCCACCUCAAGCAACGAUCCAGAGAUUUACCAGAAUAUGUGAAAGCUAACAGCUGCCUGAAGCUAUCAUACCAAGCCAGCAACCUUCAGAAGCAGCAGGCGCCACAUGGCUGUCAUGGAACAGUUGUACUUCACUGCUAAAAAAAUGACAUCCUGUUUAUGAAGUUCCCGUAAGCAUUAUAAAAAUGCACAGCAUGUGUGCCAGAUGAUAUGCAACUCAUUUCCUUCUCCAAAAAAAAAA